AUGGCCUUGUUCAUCGGAGUUCUUUGCGCUCUGAGCUGCUGCUCUAUUGAGAGUAGGGCGAUGACGACUGGGGAAGUGACCUCUUCAGCACCAGCGGUCACAACUGGAGCUGCACACGCCGGAAUGGAAAAUGACUCGCUUACUGCUCUGAGGAAAUUGAGGAGAAGCAGACAAAGCCCCAGCCAGAAAAGAACGGCGGUGAUAUCUGGCAAAAGGCUGGCGACUGUUACCACAGCAGCUGUUUUGCUGACAGCCGUCGUGGGGAUGCUGAUGGCAUCUGGCAAGCUGCGACAGUGCCUGCACGCAAUGAUGAACCAGACCGGCGGCGAAAUCGAAGGAAACAAAAAACGAAGACUUGCAGAAGGGAAUGAUGAAAGCGACAAGUGUCGCUGCGUUAAUGCGACAGAAGACCGCGUGCGCGUUGAGCCGCAAAGGAAAGUGUCAGUGCCGAGCCGGUCCCUCGGGCAGGGUGGUGCCUAUAGGGGAUGUGCUGAUAUCGGCGAAAGACGUGGUUUUUGA